CCCCCGCCCCGCCGGAUUACGCCAAGUCGCCAGCUCCCCAGUUAGCCCCCACCCGCCUUCGCGUUUCGAGCUUCCGCCUCGCUCUCUCUCUCUCUCUCCCCACGCGCUCGCAGUCGUACACCAACCCGAGUACCCGACGGUCCCUCACGGGUGAGAGCGCGGCGAAGGCGCGCGCGCGAGGGUGGAGGCCGAGCUAGGGUUAGGGUUUUUGGCCUAGCCCGAGGGCCUGAUCCAUGGACGGGGGGACGGGCCCGGGCGCCGAGCUGCUCUCCCCCGGCGAGGCCGAGUGGCCCCCCGAGCUCCGGCUCCCGCCGCCGCCGGCACCUCCCCUGCCGGAGCGCCCCGGGCCGCCUCCGCCCGCUCCUCCGUCGCGGCGCAACGAGACGUCUCCCAUUCCCCAUCUCCCGCCUCCGCAGCUGCCGCCGAAGAAGGAGCCGUCUCCACCUCGUCACACGGAGGGGUUUGAUGACCUGUUCCUCGGAUCGAUCACGGGGGCCGCGGUCCAGCCCCCGCCCCAGCAGCAGCAGCAGCCUGCGGCAGCGGGGGCGCCGGUGAAGAGGAAGAGAGGUAGGCCACCGAAGAACAGGGAUGGUGUGGCUGCGGUGCCUGCGCCGGCUAGGCCAGUGGUGAAAAAGGAUGAGGAGGUGGUGUGCUUCAUCUGCUUCGAUGGGGGCAACCUCGUGGUUUGCGACCGGAGGGGUUGCCCGAAGGUGUACCAUCCUGCGUGCAUCAAGCGUGACGAGUCCUUCUUCCGGUCUCGGGGCAAGUGGGAUUGCGGUUGGCACAUAUGCAGCAGCUGCGAAAAGGCAGUACACUAUAUGUGCUAUACCUGUACGUACUCCGUCUGCAAAGGAUGCAUCACACAAGGCAAAUUCUUUGGUGUUAGAGGGAACAAGGGCUUCUGUGAUACAUGCUAUGGUACUAUAUUGUUGAUAGAAUCCAAAGACGAUGGUGCAAAGGCUAGUGUUGAUUUUGAUGAUAAAAAUAGCUGGGAGUAUCUUUUCAAGUUGUAUUGGUUGGAUCUGAAAGGGAAGCAUUUAUUAACAUUGGAAGAGCUAAUCAGUGCCAAGAGCCAUUGGACUGUUCCUACUACUGCUGGUAGGAGAGAGAAAGAUGAAUCAUCUGAUGAACUAUAUGAUGCAAACAAUGACCGAGAUGCUAGUUUUGACAUCUCUUCAAAAAAACGAAGACAGAAUAAUUUGUCAGGAAAAAGAGGACGGAAACGUAAAAAAGAUAGUGGUAUUACUGCAAGGAAGUGUGAAGUUUCAGUUAAAGGUGCUGGAAGCUUACCAAGCAUAUUACCAAGUGAAAGGAUGGCCUUGCCGGGUGACACAAAAUGGGCCUCAUCGGAGCUGUUGGAAUUCAUUGGGCACAUGAGAAAUGGUGAUAGGUCUUAUAUUUCCCAGUUUGAUGUUCAGGUUCUUUUGCUUGAAUAUAUAAAGCAAAAUAACCUCCGCGAUCCUCGCAGAAAAAGUCAAAUUAUUUGUGAUGCAAGGCUUAGCAAUUUAUUUAGAAAACCGUGUGUUGGUCAUUUUGAGAUGUUAAAGCUUUUGGAGAUGCAUUUUGUUGUGAAAGAGGCUCCAACCAUAAAUGUUGAUAGCCAAAGAACAAUUGAUCCAGAUUCAGCUCAAGUAGAUAAUGGAGGAUAUAAUGAGUUAAUGGCUAAAUUGGGCUCUGAUAAGAGGAGGAAGGUUCAUAAGAUUGAAAGAGAACUAUCAGCUAAUCCAGAGGAUUAUGCAGCCAUUGACAUGCAUAAUAUCAACUUAAUUUACUUGCGUCGAAGCUUGUUGGAGGAUCUUAUUGAUGAUGAUGCUACAUUCUCUGACAAAAUUGCUGGUGCUUUUGUGAGGAUAAGAAUUUCUGGUCUUGGCCAUAAGCAAGAUAUGUACCGCCUAGUGAAAGUUCUUGGUACACAUAAGGUUUCAGAGCGAUACAAUCUUGGUAAGAAGACAACGGAUUAUGCACUCGAGAUAUCAAAUUUAGAUAAAAAGGAGGUUAUUGCAAUGGAUACUAUCUCAAAUCAGGAUUUCACAGAGGAGGAAUGCAAGCGCUUACGCCAGAGUAUGAAGUUUGGUCUAAUCACCCGACUAAAAGUGGGAGACAUAUACGAGAAAGCUAAAAUCUUCCAAUCUCUGCGAGUUAAAGAUUUGUUGGAAAAUGAGAAGCAGAGGCUGAGCCAUCUUCGUGAUCGUGCUAGUGAAACCGGACGUCGAAAGGAACUGAGAGAGUGUGUAGAAAAGUUGCAGCUUCUGAACAAUCCAGACAAAAGAGCACGCAUGAUUAAUGAAGUUCCAGAAGUACAUGUUGAUCCCCAUAUGGCUCCUAAUUAUGAAUCCGAUGAAGAACAGGAUUACAAGAAAGCUGUUGAUUGGACCACAAAUAGGAAUGGAUCAGAUCUAUUAUAUCCAGGAAGAAAUGGAACAGAAUCGAGUUCUGUGGAGAAUCAUACACAAAAGUGUCUAGAUGCAAGUGGUCACACGAGUAGUCUGGCUACAGAGCAUGUGGCCCAUAGAACAGGAGCAGGAAGUAACACUAAUUUGCACUCAAUAAAUGGAUGGGAUAUUCACCCUCACAUUAAUUUAAAUGACACAGCAGUUGAGGCUGCAUCACUUUCAUCAUCUGGAGUUGUAUCAAGUGACUCGGAGCCAGAAAAAGUCUGGCACUACAAGGACCCUUCUGGAAAUGUUCAGGGGCCAUUUACUCUUUUGCAGCUAUCCAAGUGGGCAAGUUAUUUCCCACAUGACCUUAGAAUAUGGCUUACAUUUGAGAGUGAGGAGAACUCACUGCUGUUGACCGAAGUGCUUCCAAAACAGCAGAAAUAUUUUGUUCAGCCUACAGCAGUUACUACCAGUGAUAAAUCAAUAUGGACAGGCACUGAACAAGAUAGAAUCAACUCAAGUUUUGUUGCAAAUAGCUCUUCCUCCCCUAUUGGUUAUAACGUGGUCAUUUCUUCUGCAUUAUCUAGCCAGUCUGCUGAUCCAACAAAAGAUCCAAAGCUUCUGGGUGGAACUUUGCCAUCGAGACCUCUGAAGGAUGCUCACACUUUGCAUGGCCAGGUCCAGCAUCAGGUUAAUUAUUCAUGCACCAUUCCAUCUUCGUAUGGACCACCUGGCUCUCAUGAUGAGGGGGUCCCAAGAGAACAGGUUGGUGAAUGGAACAAUCGUCAGGACAAUGGUGGUAUGUGGAGUCCAACCAUAUCGCCCAUGAAUCAUAGCUGUAUGAGUAAUGUGGAGCAGAAUCCUGACGUGUGUACUACGAAGGACCAAUUGCCUGUAGAAGAUUUGAAUUCCCAAAUGGAUUCAGGUUCGCAAAAAGUCUCAGUUCUUACUCCACAACAAUCUGAGAGAGAUCUUGCCAUUUCUCCAACUACUACAAGUUCAUCGGAGUUCAAAACCGUGUGUCAGCAGAAAGGCUCUUGCUGGAGUUCAGCAACAAAUGCCGGCACUCAUGAUGACCUUCAGUUAUCUAUUGCUUUAGCAAAGCCGGAGAGCUGUUUGCCAACAAAUCCUGUUGAAGAUAGAGAUUCUGGUUCGGCUUCUGGUGUGCCUAGUCAGUCAGGAGCUCCUGCCUGCCCUCCCCAACCAGUUCCAUCUAUGUCUACCUCUAAUAUAAGCAAGACCGAGACGACCAUGAAUCAGCAUAAAACUUGCCACCCUGAUGCUUCGAAUGAACCAUUUGAUCAGCAUCCUGAACCUGAAAGUGACCCAGUGCAUUCCUCUAAAACUCAAGAUCUUGAGUGUGAGUACCCUUGUCCAACCCCAAAACUGGAGAGGAAGGAGACUUCCAUGAACGAGCCAGGAUCAACGGCAGUAGCACCUGAAGAUUCAGCUACAAAGACAUGUGUCCUCUCUUCAAUAGCUUUUGUAUCAGAAACAUCUGGCACACCUGCUGGUAAAAUUGGUAGCUUGCAAUCACUCAAGGAAACAUCAUGUCUAGAAGGACAUUUAAGAGACAGGGACUCUAUCACUCAAACGGAGCAACUAAAUGGAGAGAGUACAGCAGUUAAGAGAAAUAGCAUUGUGGUUAAUCCUAUAUCUAAUACUGAAGGGAUAGCUGUGUCUGAUGUUUUGGAAUCGUUAACAGAAAAAGAUUGUGAAAGAUACAGUAUGCAUGGAGCAGCGCCUUCAGAAAAUUCUGUGCCAACUUCAGCUGAGGAAGAACAACCGCAAUGCUCUAGUCCUAUUGCAUUGUCUCCUUGGGGUGAACCAAGUUACUAUCAGGGUGAGGCUGUUGAUUCUGCUCUAUGGGGUGUCCAAGAUGACCCUAGUAAUGACAUGUGGUCGAUGCCUUCACCAACACCUGCCCUCCAACCUUCCUCAGGUCUUGGAGCUGAUGGAAAAGAUGCUCCAUGCAUCGUAGAGGAGGUGAUAGUAGCCCGAGGAAACAGUACUUUUGUUGAAACAUUACCAACACAAGGGGAGAAAAAGAUGGAACAGGGAAACUCAAGUGCUUCCACAGGUUCUGGAGUGCCGGAACAGGAAAUGAUAUUCAAAUAUCUCAGUAGAGAAAAACCCAAACAAAGUGCUGCCUCAGGCCCAUCUCUAGAUGGAAGCACAAAAGCUUCGGGUUGGCAACCCUCAGGCACAUCUCUAGAGGGGAGCGCAAAAGCUUCAGAUUGGAAACCACCAAGCUUAUCGCUAGAGGGGAUUACUAAAGCUUUAGGUUGGCAACCAUCAGGUUCAUCUCUAGAGGGAGGUGUGAAAGCUUCAGGUGGGCGACGAUCAAGUUCGUCACCAGAGGGGAGCAGAAAAGCUUCAGGUUGGCAACUGCCAGGUUCUUCUACAGAGGGGAGCGCAAAAGCUUCAGGUUGGCAACAAUCAAGUUCAUCUCCAGAGGGGGGAAGUAAAGCUUCAGCUUGGCAACAGUCAGGUUCUACACAGGGGAGCACAAAAGCUUCAGGUUGGCAACCGUCAGGUUCUUCUAAAGAGGGGAGUGCAAAAGGUUCAGGUUGGCAACGGUCAAGUUCAUCUCCAGAGGGGAACAGAAAAGCUUCAGGUUGGCAUUCGUCAGUUCGUGAGAGCUCAAAGGUUAAUUCGACAUUUGGCACCAACGAAAACCGUAAAUCAUCUUCUAGUCACCAAUCAACUACACCAACAGCGAAGCACUCUUCUGAAGCACCAAAGAGACAUGGAAACAGCGACAAGAAUACUGCUGGCUGGGGAGAGGCUUUAGGAAGCAACAAGAUCUGCUAUCCAUCCUCUGGUAAUGCCAGUCGGGGCAGCCAGGGGGCUCACCACCAGGACAGGCGCCACUCUCGCAGCGAACCGUGGCGGGGCAGCUCAAAUCAUUCUCGGAGGUCUGAUCAUCGUCAAGAUCAUGGCAGUGGCGGAUCAUCAAGAUCAUCGUCAAGAGGGCAGUCGCAAAGAGGGGUAUGCAAAUUUUACGAGAAUGGCCACUGCUGGAAGGGCGUAUCCUGCCAGUACCUGCACCGUUGAUCCCCAUGGCAGCCGAACGUCGUGCAAUUGCCUCCUCGUCAUCACAUUUUUGUAUAGUCCCAUAUGAUUACCUUGUAGUCAGUGUAGGAGCACGCUCGUUAACCGUAUUGGCACCACCAAGUUACUAGUAAAUAUGCGUCAGCAUUCAGCGCAGGAGUAUGAUUAAACUAGCAUUUAAAGUUUAGAUCCACUGAUGUAUGGCCAUGAAUGUAGAUUCCCCAUUUCUGAAGCAUGAACGCAUGAUUUACUCCA